AUGGGUCAACCAUCGUUUCCGGCGUCAAAUGCCAUCAUCUACUUGACUUAUGGAGCCUUUCUGGUCCUGGGAACAGGAAUCGCUUGGACGAUGAGAAAUCAGUCCAAACAGGAUUUCCUGAGCAGCAAUGGAACGCAAAGUGCCCUCGGAGCCGGUAUCCUCUUCUCCUAUCCCGAGCUCGCAACCAUAACUGGUGUUCAGGGAGUCAUCAUUUACGCCCUGGCAUCGGCGUUGCCUAUGCUCAUUUUUGGAGCCCUCGGACCUAUUAUCCGCCGCAAGUGUCCCGAAGGUUUCGUCUUGACGGAGUGGACACGGCAACGCUACGGGACAGUUGCCAUGUUCUACCUCAGCUUCAUGACCCUGGUGACAUUGUUCUUGUACAUGGUAGCAGAGUUGUCUGCUCUUGGUCAGGUCGUGACUUUGGGUGGUUUCAAGAUUUCUUUCCUCACAGAUGUCAUCCAAGGCGGUAUGGUUGUCGGCCUCAUCAUCAUUGCCACCAUCACCGUUGGUGCCAAGACAGAAAUCAAACGUGAGCUCAUAGACUCGUCGCACCUUUUAGAACCUAGCCUCCUUGGUUGGCAGCUCCUGUAUAUCUUGCCCGUUGCUGUUCUCACCAACGACUUCUUUCUGUCCAAUUUUUGGCUGCGAACAUUUUCUUCCAAAUCUGACAAGGAUCUUUGGGUUGGCGUAUCAGUUGCCAUGGUGGUUAUCCUGUGCAUCCUCACUCUUGUCGGCUGUACUGGCUUGAUUGCGGCUUGGUCUGGCGCAUGGCCAGGUGAACCAGAGCAGGAGGGCUCACUUGCCUUUUUCCUGCUUCUUCAACAGCUACCUAGCUGGGUUGUUGGCAUUAUUCUCGUCAUGGUUGUCUCCCUCAGCACCGCUGCCUUUGAUAGUCUGCAGUCAGCCAUGGUUUCUUCCGCCUCCAACGACUUAUUCCGCAACCGCCUGAAUAUCUGGUACAUCCGCGGCAUGGUUGUGCUCAUCAUCAUCCCUGUCGUGGUGGUUGCUCUCCGCGCAUCAUCCAUCCUGCAGAUCUACCUCAUCAGCGAUCUGCUCUCCGCGGCUACCAUUCCCGUCUUGUGCCUUGGUCUCAGCGACCGCCUCUACUGGUGGCGCGGCUUUGAAGUCGUCGUCGGUGGUUUGGGUGGUAUUUUGACCGUCUUCAUAUUUGGCGCUGUUUACUACAAGGAUGCCGAACAAGGCGCCCAAUUACUGCUCAUUCAGAAUGGUCUGUAUGCCAAUGAUUGGAGCACAUUUGGUGCAUUUGUCGCAGCCCCUGUUGGGGGUAUUGUUUGGGGCUUUGGGGCUCUCGCCCUUCGUUUGUCAUUCCAGUAUAUCAAGGCCAGGCUCCGCCGUGAGCGCUUUGAUGCACUUGAUCGACCCCCCUUAUGA